CCAGAAUCAAAGCUCCGCUCGCGAGCUGGAUGCUGGCAGGCAGGCGCGCGCUGCGGUCAUCAUGCGAAGGUUCCGCUGGACCGAGCCCCGAAGACACCGCUGCCCCGCAGGACCAGGAAGACAGCGACGCCUGCGAGGAGCCACAAAGACGGACUAACUGAAAAGGAUGGAAGCGAGCGUGGCGUUUCCGCCGUCAGCUGCGUGCGCGAGGGCUCCUCUCGGCGGUAAAGUGGCUUCAUGAGUGUCCAAAGUAACAGUGGAAGUGGUGGUGGAAGUUUGGAGGCGACGCCAUCUUGGUCGCAGCUCUCCUCGUCCCCUACGAUCUCUCAACAACAUAUAACGGCGACCGCAAAGGGCAAGGAAGGCCCCAUGGAGGAGCUGCACAGUUUGGAUCCCAGGAGGCAGGAGCUGCUGGAAGCCCGAUUCACCGGAGCUGUCAGUGGCAACACAGGAGGCAGCACAGGCAGCAUGAGUGGAGGUGCUAAGGGCCUGGCCAAUGAGUCGUCAAACCACAGCUACGGAAGUCUCGGCUCAUCCAGUGACAAGGAGUCAGAGAACUCUGACUUGAAAAGAGGGAGCUCCCCUGCCUACUCAACUCCAGAGAAAAAGCAUUCCGAAACAUCACGAGGGAGGAAAAGGAAAGCUGACACCUACUCAGAAAGUAGUCAAGGAAAAACAUCCACACGGGGUCCUAAGAUAAGCGACUAUUUUGAUUUUCAGGGUGGAAAUGGCUCUAGUCCAGGUAGAGGCCUCCCCUCAGCUCGCCGCUCUCCUCAGAACUCACACUCUGCUCCAGGCUCCAUCAUCCGGCAGAACAGCUCUUCUCCAACCAGUCUGUGUUUUGGGGAACAAAAUCCCAAAUUGUCCUCCAGUAAAUGUGUCCAGACGGAUCUAACAGGUCUAAAACUUGCUGCGCUGGAGAGCAACAAGAGUCUGGAUUUGGAGAAGAAAGAGGGGAGGAUAGAUGACCUUCUCAGGGCUAACUGCGAUCUCCGAAGACAGAUCGAUGAACAGCAGAAACUCCUGGAGAAGUAUAAAGAGAGGCUCAACAAGUGCAUCACUAUGAGCAAGAAGCUACUCAUAGAAAAGAGUACCCAGGAGAAGCAGUCCUGUCGUGAGAAGAGCAUGCAGGACCGUCUCCGCCUUGGCCACUUCACCACUGUCAGACAUGGAGCAUCCUACACAGAACAGUGGACCGACGGAUAUGCAUUCCAGAACCUUAUCAAGCAACAAGAAGGCAUUAACCAGCAGAGGGAGGACAUAGAGAGACAGAGAAAGCAGCUGGCCAAGAGGAAGCCUCCAAAUCCAGCCUCACCUUCCGUCUCUGUGGCUUCCACUUCGGAGCCCAAGCAGAGAAAAACCAAAGUUGUAAAUGGCAAUGAUUCAGACCCCUUCCUCAAGCCCUCCCUGCCUCAGCUACUGACUUUAGCAGAGUACCACGAGCAGGAAGAAAUCUUCAAGCUUCGUCUUGGUCACCUUAAGAAGGAGGAAGCAGAGAUACAAGCUGAACUGGAGCGGUUGGAGCGUGUGAGAAACCUUCACAUCAGAGAGCUGAAGAGGAUAAACAACGAGGACAGCUCAGCGUUUAAAGAUCACCCCACCUUGAAUGAACGGUACCUGCUGCUGCACCUGCUGGGCAGAGGAGGCUUCAGUGAAGUUUAUAAGGCAUUUGACCUGUUUGAGCAGCGUUAUGCAGCAGUGAAAAUCCACCAACUCAAUAAGAACUGGAGAGAAGAAAAAAAGGAAAACUACCACAAGCAUGCGUGCAGGGAGUACCGGAUACACAAGCAGCUAGACCAUCCCAGAAUAGUUAAACUUUAUGACUAUUUCUCCCUGGACACUGACACGUUCUGCACAGUGUUGGAGUUUUGUGAAGGGAACGAUUUGGACUUCUACCUGAAGCAAAACAAGCUGAUGUCAGAGAAGGAGGCUCGCUCCAUUGUCAUGCAGAUAGUCAGCGCCCUGCGUUACCUAAAUGAGAUCAAGCCUCCCAUCAUCCACUACGACCUCAAGCCCGGUAACAUCUUACUGGUGGACGGCACGGCGUGUGGAGAAAUCAAGAUCACAGACUUUGGCCUGUCCAAAAUUAUGGACGAUGACAACUAUGGCGUUGAUGGGAUGGACCUGACCUCGCAAGGAGCUGGCACCUACUGGUACCUUCCCCCAGAAUGUUUUGUGGUGGGAAAGGAGCCACCAAAGAUCUCAAACAAAGUGGAUGUCUGGUCUGUAGGGGUGAUUUUCUUCCAGUGCCUCUAUGGGCGCAAGCCGUUUGGUCACAACCAGUCGCAGCAAGACAUUCUACAGGAGAACACCAUCCUCAAAGCAACAGAGGUCCAAUUCCCAGCUAAACCACAGGCCAGCACAGAAGCCAAGCUCGACUUAGUGGUCUCCUUCAAGCCUGGACUGCAGAAGGUGGCAUCAUCACAAGGACUCCAAGUGCCUCGCAGGGGAAUUAUCUUCCUGCCAGAAGGCAAGUGGCUGAACCUUAAAACUGUACCGAAUGAAUAAUGGUGCGGUUGAAAUGACGCAACACAAUAAUGGUGGUCAGAACACUUUCCCAAAUAGAACUUAACUAAGCUUAAAGAGUAAAGAAGAGUAAAGAAAGACCAGAAGCUUAAAAUUAAUUUGGCUUUAUUGCUCGCACUGUACACGCUGUCGAUGUCUUAGAUAAACCACGUCAGAAGAGUUGCACAUGAGCCACCUGCAUCUCACACUCAAGAUGCCAUGGUGACUGUCUCCUAUAAACAGAAGGAGCUGUACAGAGGAUCAAACAGUGAAACAAAAAGUUAAAUAUGAAACAGGAAGGAGGCGAGGACUGGAAACACAGGUGUGUUUUCAGCCAUGACGCGUUUGUUGUGUUCACACCGUGAAGCUGUCAUUCGUGACGAAGCAGCAAUGAUGAGAAUGUGGUAUAAAGACUUGAAUCGAAAGCCGCCGUCACAAGACAGGUGCAACCGCCGAUCACUCAUGGGAGGAGAAAGAGACAGGUGGAAGGAGGAGUCGACCAUAUGCAUUUUGGUUUGAUGGUACAAGGAUGGUGGGCUUGGUACUGGUUCAUUAGGACGACGGCGUUGUUUCCACUGGAGCAGGACUUUCUGUGGCGGCGAUGGGUUGGGGGACCGGCGUGGCUGUGACGGACGCUGUCGUGGCCGCUGUGGCGGUGGACAGGAACUGGGUCAUGUCCAAGGGCAGGAGUGGAUCGAGCGGAAGGGGCUUCAGAGGAUUCAAACCCGGGAAGUGCAGCGGUGGUAGAGAAGGAAGAUUCAGGGGAGGGGAAGACGCCAGUGCAGCGACACCUACAGGAAAGACGGCAGGACUGCAAUCAAAUAUCGCCUUUUUUUAUUCACUAUAAUGACUCAACAGAAACAGCUUUUUAUGGUUCAAAACAACUAGAAACUACCCACAUAGUGAGAAGGUCACUUGACUAGAACAUUGACCCAGAUGUUAAAGGUCAUACCUGCUGCAUUCGCUGGUGGUAGAGUAGUGCCUGGUAAUGUCAUGGCACUGAGGUCUGGCAACGGCAUGAUAUUAGGCAAGUUGUCCGGGAGGGGCAUCAGACCUGAGAGUCAACCAGAGUUAACAUGUUUUAUUAAGCUCACUUUGACACACAGGUUUUGAAGGCAUUCAUAAGAAUGUAUCAGAAAAAGCCCGACACUCGACCCGUGUAGUCAUAUCAAAAUCUUUUUGACAUACUAGCAAAAAGUUAUCACACUGGCAGUUUGAUCCCAACGGGACCAGAUCAGAUUAAAGAUUUUCAUAAAAAUAAUAAUAAUGAUGACGGCGCUCUCUUUUGAGGAACAUCCCUGAUACAUUUGUGACGUUAAAUGAUAGUAAUAAUAUCGACAGUAACUAAUAAUAAGGACUCCAGAGAUUAUGGGAAUUUAAAAUAGAUGUUAACAACAACACUGAUAAUAAAAUAAUCACAAUAGUGAUGUAAUAGUGUAGUGUAUGAAACAAAAAUACAAAAAUAAAGAACAUGCUUUACCUGUAUGACACAAGUUUUAGACAGAAUAUUUCCCAAAGGCUCUACAGCCAAUAAAAUCAUCAAAAGUAUGAAUAACACUGAAAUCUGUCAACGGCUUGUGUUGGACGAGGUAAAAGUAAACCCAGGAGUCACAUGACCCAAUUUCCCUAUGACUCAGUCUGUGUAAUCAAGACAGAAGGCAAACAAAGCACCAGUGACGUGGAACUUGGAAGGCUGCAACAGAGUCUGGUCCUCACCUGGUAACCUGGGGGCGGCAGUGUU